AUAUACCACGUGAUACGUGAGGUGUUAAAUAAACGGUUUUUGCAAGCGAACGAAACAGUUAAAGUCCUUUUCAAGGAUCUCCGGGUGACUCAUAAGAUAUUGUGUACGUGACCUAACUGGAGUUUACUCAUGACAUUAUACCGGACGACGAAGAUUUGUUACUUUAUUUCGAUCAUUGUGGAUUAUACAUAACCGCCACAACUUGCAUACAAGUUGCUGUCGGUCGUAAUGGCGGAGCAGUGUCGAGAGCCUCCUGAUAGGAGAGGGGGUAAUAGUACGUCAUAUCCUGGAUGGAUGCUAGGACCAGAUGACCUAGGCGAGACACGGAUCCUACUAAUGAGAGCCAAACCUAAACCAGACAAGAAAGGUGAAGAACGACUUCCUUCUAAACCUUUCAUGAUCGCUCAAACAAUACAAUUGACCGUUGGGUAUCACGAAGCUUCCAAAAUACACACUACAAAAGAAGGGCAAGGUAGUAGAUAUGUUUUUCGGACUUCCUCUAAAAGCAUCUCGGAAAAACUAAUGGGAAUCAAAACUCUACUAGAUGAUACCGAGGUUGAAGUCAUACCGCAUCCCUCACUUAGUUUCGUCGAAGGUGUUUUGUUUGAUCAUGACACCAUUGAUGAGGAUGAAAGUUUUAUUUUGGAGCAAUUAAAAUCUCAAGGGGUUACAAAAGUGAGAAGGAUAAUUAAAAAAAUCGGAGAAAAAAGGAAAAAUACACCUCUUCUUAUUUUGACAUUCCAAGCUUCCAAACGCCCGGAAUACAUAUUUAUUGGCAUGAUCAGAUCGAAAAUUCGCCCGUAUUAUCCAUCGCCCAUGAUUUGCUUCCGCUGUGCAGAAUAUGGACAUGGAAAAAACAAAUGCCCUACUGAAAACCCGGUUUGUUUGAAAUGCUCUAAAAUGCACACCCUUGAAGAAAACGAAACGUGCCAGAAUGAUCCAUAUUGUUUACACUGCCAAGGCAACCACUUUCCUAUGGCUAGAGAUUGUCCGAAAUAUAAAGAGGAAGCAGCAAUAAUCAAGCUGAAGGUCGACCAAGGUUUAUCCUUCGGGGAAGCCCGAACCAUCUUCAGGGAUUCAAUGAGGAAUACAACGUUUAAAAGCAUCGUACAACAACGUCUAUCGACAGAAGUUGAUGAAAAAGAUCGCACUAUCCAAAUCCUUCGGGAAGAAUUGGCCGCAGUCAAAAACGAACUACGAAAACUACAAGAAACGGUCACACAAAAAUCGAAUAUGGUCAGUACCGAUAUGAUCCGAUCGAAGCAAUCUUCAAACAAAACACGGUCAUCAUCCCCACGGGCACUUAGUAUCAGUCCAACCACUGACUCGAUUAUGAAGCCUUCCGGUAGUGAUAAAACCACUGAGCAAUCACCAAGAUUAUCCCGCAUAGAUUCAAAAGGAUCCUAUACAUCGAAUAGAUCAUACCAGCAAAAAGCUAAUCCACAACAUAACCGAAAUUUAAGUAAAAAAAGAACUACUACUCCUCCAAAACUUAAUGCCAAAAAAGGGAAAACCAACGGACCCCCAUUAAGUUGUGGUCCGUCUCCGAUGGAACAAUAAUGGCCUCUCAACUUAACAAAUCUCAAGAUAGUUCAACCACCAACCUCACAGUAGUCUCUUCAUCACAAACAGGUUGAUUCCUCCCGUGAUAUUAUGAAAAGUCCUCACUCGGCAGUCUUGCGUUUAUCCUCAAGACCAGACGAGCAACCGGGACUGGAGCUUGAAGAAAUGAAUGAACCAACUCCAAAUCAAACAUCGAUAAACAACAUCUACAACACCCAUAUUAGGCGGAUUCCAGCAAUCAGGCAUUUUCCAGUGCCAACUACCAGCCAAAAUGAACAAGAAAAUUAUAAUGAAGAUAUGGCAGGGGUUGGCACUGGAAGCCCGAGCAACCCUCAGGCAAGUAUCUCUCGCACGAUUCCAUUCGAAACCCCUUCUGUCGCUUCUUCGUUUUCAAAACCAGACGAACGGACGAGAUUAAGGAAUAAGUGGACGGGAACAAGGAUUACAGAACGUUAUCCCACGGAAUGGUUCGAGGUCCAGCAUCACGAUCUUCUGGAAGGUUCCAUUUUUCCAAACAGGCGGAUUCCAGCAACCAGGCAUGUUCCAGUGCCAACUACCAGCCAAAAUGAACAAGAGAAUUAUAGUAACGAUAUGGCAGGUGUUGGCACUGGAAGCCUGAGCACUCCUCAGGCAAGUACCCUCCAUUCUUUUCCAACCACAAAUCCUCCUGUCGCUUUUUCAUUAUCUAUGCCAGACGAGGGGACGAGACAGAGUAUUCAAACAAAGUUUACUGAAUGUUACCCUACGGAAAACUUCGAUAACCAGCAAUACGAUCCUAUGGAAGGUUCCAGUUUCACUAUCAGGCGGAUUCCAGCAACCAGGCAUGUUCCAGUGCCAACUACCGGCCAAAAUGAACAAGAGAAUUAUAGUAACGAUAUGGCAGGUGUUGGCACUGGAAGCCUGAGCACUCCUCAGGCAAGUAUUUUUUGCACUAUUCCAUCCGCAAAUCCCUCUGUCGCUUCUUCGUCCUCAGAUAUCACAGAGUUGCAACACAAGUCGUCCAAUACUCUGGCCAUCCAAUGGAACAUCAGCGGCCUGCGAUCACAUCGGGAUGAACUCCAGGUUCUCAUCGCCAGCUACCAACCUCACGUGGUGUGCUUACAAGAAACAAACCUAUCCCCAAACAAAACGAAUUCUAACAUCUUAGGCCGAAACUACGAAUUGCUUACUAGCUCAUGCUCAACACACAGCAGACA